CACAAUUUCCUGAGCAGUCGGCCUGCUACAAUAGAUAUUAGUGGAUUGUUUGGAACUUCCAUUUGGGAGCUGGGGAAAUGCUCACCUAACUCCACCGACUGCUGUGCUCAUAGGCGCUCUUACAAACAUUACGGGGGCUUUAUUUUCCCUGUAUGUACACUGGACUCUCGGACUAAAUCAGACUCUUCCUCUCUUCUUCAUUUUGUAUUCCCAUGCAUGAGAUGAAUUUAUCUCUAUUUUUCCUCUCUUUAGGGUGGAGGAUAUUGUAUGCACAGGACACAAGCUUCUCAAUUUAUAAUGCCCAGCUAAGCGCAAAUCCAUCUGCCACUUUGAAAAAUGGAAACAACAUGAGUGUGACGUGUUCUGUGGAAAUCGCCAAGAGAGAGACAAAAUCAUUUGAGCUGACACCUCAGUACUUAUUUUUCAAGAAUAACCAGCUUAUCUAUAACGUGACCUCUAACAACCUAAAUGUGACUUAUAACCUCAGUCCAGCAAGGGUGUCCAAAUCUGGCCAAUACAGCUGUGAAGUGAUUGUGAAAGGCAAAAGGAAGUCAAGUAAUAAACUGAUCAUUGAUGUUACAGGCCUGUCAAAACCUACAGUGAGUGUUUCUACCAACUCCACAAAGGAAGGACAAACCAUAAUAGUGACUUGCCAUGCACCAGAGGGGGAGGAACCGCCUUUCUACUUCACCUUCUACAAAAUCAAGACAAAAAGUAAUAAACACAUGGAAGAGCUUGGCAUGCUAUAUUCUGACAAAGAUUCAAAAUCCAUUGACAUUCAUAUAGAGGAAGGUGCUCACAUAGUGACAUUUCAUUGUGAUGUUGCACUCAUUAAUGUUCCUAAUUCAAAAGCCUCUGAUCUCAGUGAUGGGAAAAUAGUAACUGUAGAAGAACAGUUUUCAACCCCAAGGAUUGAAGUUUUGCCAUCAGUCAAUUUUACUGAAGGGGAAAACAUAACGGUUAUGUGCUCAAUUCAGACAUCACCCUCUGUUUCUGGAAAGGUGGAUUUUUUUAUUCAGAAGGACACACACAUUUUAAAUAGCUCCACAACAGACACUGUAUCAUAUUUCCAGCUUGCAAAAGAAAACCAUACUGGCCAAUACAUCUGCAAGGCAGAAUAUGAGCAGACUUCCAAAUCCAGCAGCGUCAACGUCAUUGUGAAAGAGCUCUUUAAAAUGCCGCAGCUUGUUUCAAAUAUUAAGAAAUCCAAUAUCAAUAAAGGUGCAAUCUUGACUCUAAUUUGCAAAGUUCCUGGGAUGCCACCUCCCUCAAACCAUACCUUCUUCCAGCUAAAGGAUGGCAAAAUCUACAGCAAAUUGCAGAGGCUUACCAUGCAAGUAAAUGAAGCCGACAGUGCCAAUUAUAGCUGUACGAUCACAGCAUCCAGCAUCUCUAAAACCAGUGAUCCCCUGGACAUCCGUGUCUAUGCCCCUGUUUCCAAACCAGUUCUGACCCAUCGUAACCAGAGUAUCAGCAUGGCGGUACAGGGCAGCACAAUUGAUCUAAGGUGCAAGUGUGACAGGGGAACUCUGCCUAUCACCUAUUCCUUACUGAGAGACAGAAAGGUUCUGAGCACCACUACCAAGACGGAGGACAAAGCAGCCAUGUUUCAACUCUUUAUAAGUGAGCAGCAGAAUUCUGGGCAAUAUCAGUGCAGAGCAUAUAACUUGUAUGAUGGCCCUCCUAUGUUCAGCAACACCAUCAACAUAACUGUCAUAAGUCCUAUCAAGGAGGUCACACUAACAGUCAUCCCAAUGUCGGGCAUGGUGGAAGAAGGCAAAGAGCUUUACCUGGUGUGUGCAGUUACAAACGGGAGUUUGCCCAUCGAUUUCCAGUUCUUUGUUAAAAAAGGAAAGGAAAUUCUCUUGCAGAGCUCAACAGCUAAUAAUUUGUUCUUCACAUAUACACAAAAGUCGUUCAGCUCCCAUAAUGAUGGCAGCUACUUUUGUAGGGCCACCAACGGAGCCCAUCAGACUGUGGACAGUGAGCAUGUAUAUAUAAAAGCUGUUCUCGCUACCUGGAAGAAGGGGCUCAUUGUCUUUGUUGUGUUGAUUCUUGUGGCUGCGAUGGCCAUUUUCUUUUAUUUUUACGUGGAAAGGAAGAAAAAAGGAAGAGAAACAGUGCUGGCUAUGAACAGGACAACUGCUGAAAACAGUUCCAACAAAGAAAAGUCGGCUGCUACAGAAAAAAAGCGUGAAGAAGAAUCCCGUUUGGGUGGCAGUGAAGGCAACAUCCCUGAAAAAAAAGACUCACCUGAAGAUGCCUAAAUGCCCUGGUGCCAUGGGCACUGAAUAAAGAGCGAACCCCAGCAGAAAGCAGAGACUGCCAUUGCUUUAUUGGGACUUAUUUAAGGAACAUACCCAGACAGACACAACUCAUCUCAGCCAGUCCCAGACUCUCUCCAGUUUCACUCCCAUGCCAUCCAUUCUACAAACACCCCACACACGAUUCCAUUCCAGCUAUAGCAGCAGCGGCGCAGUAUCAAAUACCCCCUACUUAUUGCUCCCACAUAGAUACUAAACAAUGCACUGAAAGCUUCAACAUGAUGGGCUGCUUAUGCCUUUAUGUCAACACCACGUGCUCUUACCGAUGUGUUGGGAAAGCAAAUCUCACCUGGAAGUAUUAUUACAAACUGCCACCAGGAGGAGCCCAGUUGGAGUGGGUGUAACAGCUUCCUCAUGAGCUAGUUGCUGUGUUAUUUAUAUGGAAAUGAGACAAGCACCCAACAUGCUACUUGGUGAAUUUAUGCAGCAGCACUACAUAGUAACAUAGUAACAUAGUAACAUAGUAAGUAAGGUUGAAAAAAGACACAUGUCCAUCG